AUGACCGCCCAGGCGCCAGCCACUGGCGCGAGCGUAGCGCAGACGACUCCCGCUGGAGUUCCCGUUAACCCGUUCGCCGACCCAGCCCCAGCGUCCGCCCCCUCGUCCACACCCGCAGGUGCAGUAGGUGCCGGGGCAGCAACGACCGCCGGCGCUGCCGCCGAAGAAGUACGGCCGGAGGAUGUCCCCCGCACUGCGUCCGCGCCGAAACCACCGCUGUACAAGAGAAGGUGGUUCAUCAUCGCGAAUAUCGUCGGCUCGUGUCUCGGCAUCGCGAUCCUCUUCAUUUUGCUGUACCCGGUGGUGCAUGCCAUCGCCCAGCAUAUCGUGAACGUGUCGGUACUGAACGUGGACCGGGUGGCUAUCACGAGCCCGACGAAUAAUACCUUCGCAUUGCGCAUGGAUGGAUGGGUCUCGCACGCUGGCAUCUUCUCCGCGAAAAUUGACUUUCGGGAGCCGCUCUCUGUCGGAUGGGUCAACAGCUCCGGCGACGUCGUACACCUUGGCUCGUUCCAAAUGAACGAACUCACCGUCAAGUCAAAGCGCGCGUACAUCAACCAGACAGUACCGUUCAACAUCGAGCAGGAGGACGCGUUCGCGCAGUUCACGCAGACGAUGAUAACGCAGCAGAACUUCACCUGGAGGCUAACGAGCAACGAGCUCAGCGUGCAGGCGCUUAAGUUCCCGCGCGCGAAUGGGCUGAACUUCAACAAGGACCUUACACUCAAUGGAAUGAACAACUUCGAUGAGAACAUCGAGUUAUUCGAUUUCAAACUGCCAAGCGACGCUCCUGAGGGAGGUAUCAACUUCAUCGCAGUCACGGGGCUUAACAACCCGAGCCCAUUCGACGUGAACCUCGGAACCGUGGUCUUCGACCUUCUAUACCAGGGCGUGAACCUCGGCUCCGGCAGCAGCGCGAACACGACGAUCGCCCCGGGCCCGAACAACAUCACGCUCUCUGGGCGGCUCGUCCCACAGACCGAUCCGAGCGCGCUGACCUCCAUCUCCCAACUGUUUACUCAGUACCUGAACGGCGAACAGUCGGACGUCAUCGCGCGCGGCCAGUCUUCGAUCCAGAACGACGGAAGCGCGGUGUCGUGGCUGAGCGUCGGCCUGACCGCGUUGGACUUGCAUGUGCCAUUCAAGGCCGCCCAGGCGAUCAACCCUAUCAAGUCGAUUAGCAUCGGAGAUAUGGCGCUGGCGUUCAGCCCGCAGGCGCCGUGGGACCCGGUCGCGAACAGCAGGACGGUGCAAGCGGCGAUGGAGUUGCCAUUUGGGUUCAGUCUAUCGAUCGGCGAGAUCCAAAACGCGUUCAAUAUCACGAGCGCGGGCGCGGUUGUUGCGGGGCUGUCAACGCCUGCGGGGAGGUCGACGAGCGACAUCAAAGUGAUCAACUCGACGUUCACGCAAGGCACGAUUGAUAUUACCAUCGAGGACACUGCGCUGGACGUCCCUGACCCAAGCCGCCCUGUCUUCUCCAAAUUCAACGCGAACCUGACAACGACGUCGCACACACCUUUCCAGCUGCAGGGUCAUGCGCGCGCCAUUGCGAACAUGAAUAUCGGGCAGGUCACCCUGGAUCCGAUCAAGUUCGACGUGACGUCUGGUUUGCAGGGACUUCAGGGCUUGAACAACUUGGUGACCAUUGGGGACGUGGACGUCAUCGGCGGGACUCAGGAUGCGAUCCAGCUCGGGAUCAACGUGAGCAUUGUCAACCCCUCCAACCUGAAACUCUCUACGGGAGACCUGGUCUUGCAGCUAUUCAGGGAAGAUGCGCUGAUGGGCACGACGCUCAUGCCGAACCUUACACUCGAGAUGGGCAACAAUUCGGUCACGGCACAAGGUAGCUUCACGCCUAAUCUGAGCCCACAAGGCAUGCAGACCCUCGACGACUUCGUAGGCGGCACAGAUGUUCGGGUCGCAAUUGCAGGUUACGAUAACAGCACGGUCAUCACGUCACUCCUGCAAGCUUUCAAGGAGUUGAACAUCAGCGCUGUGCUGCCUGCCCUCCAGACGAAGCUCCUCAACUCUGCGUCCCUCGAGGUGCUCUCCACCACCGGCAGAGAGAACAACACGGCGCACGCAACGGUCUCCUUAGCGAACCCGUUCACUGCUGGACUUCUGAUCACGCAUGUUGCGUCCAACGUGUCCUUCCGUACUAUCCACCUCGGGACGAUUCAGACGCCGACGAACUUUUCGUCGCCGGGCAAGGCGACGAGCUCCUCGCCUAUCCUUGAUUUGGACUUGAACAUGGAUCCGCCAUCGCUGUUCACGGUUACGCGCCUCCUCGCACAGGAGGCGGGUCUUGGCACGGAGCAACUGGACAUGAUCGUCGCACUGGGCGGAUACCAAUACUUGAACGUCGAUGGUAGCGCGAGCAAGAGGGGAACGCAGCUCGAUAGGAGGGUGGACAAUGCUACCUUGGGCUUCGAUCUCCCGACUUAUGUCGACCAGGCGUUCACGAAGUUGCACUCAAAUGUGGUGCUCAGCGCGGGUGUCAUGAUCGGCGAGUACCCGACGACACUGCAGUACACGCAGACUGACGUCGAGACGAAGACGGACAAGAGUCUCAACAACAUCCUACCGGUGUUGGCACAGCCUAUUGUUCAGAAGAUCGUAUCAGGCUCGGUCUUGGGUAUCGAAACGGUCAUCAUCAAGAACAUCCAGGAGAAGUCUUUCGGCACCUCGUUGAAGGGUUCGAUAACCCAAGCCGGACCUUUCGACGCCAAGAUCUCUUUCCCGGCCGGGCUUACUAUCGAGUGGAACGGCGCUCCAAUUGGCAGUAUCAAUAUGCCCGACAUUGACAUUGCGUCCGAUGUGGGAGCCACGUUUGAGAUUGAUGCCAACUUCGAAGUUGCGGACGUGGACCACCUCACGAACUUCACGAAAGUGAUGCUGACCGAGGAAUCGUUCGACUGGAUUAUCUCCGGAAGUAACUUAUCUGGUGCUUGUACUAAUACAUGUCCAGGCAUAUCGGUUCCGGGUAUCGAGCUUUCCAACAAGGGCGUGACGCUCAAGGGUAUGAACAACCUCAAGAACGGUGUCCUCAUCGAGACGUUCGACCUGCCCAACAACGACCCAGCUGGUGGAAUUCACCUCACCCUCCAGACCAACGUGACCAACCCAUCUCAAGUCGGCGUCGAGCUCUCGUCUAUCGCGUUCCAGAACUUCUUCGGGGAUAUUAACAUCGGGCCAGUUGCCUCAAUGAAGGGCUUCACGCUCGCACCACAGUCGACAGUAGCUCUGCCGCUCACUGGACGUCUCAUCCCGCAGAGCGAUCAGGCGGGGUUAGAUGCCGUCUCCACAAUCUUCAACCGCUUCAUCCACGCUCAGGACAGCAACGUUACUGUGCGCGGCGACAGCGCUGGUCCCACCGACGUGACAUGGCUCAACGAGGGCAUCAAGAGUCUCGAGGUACAGACAGUCCUGCCGAACCGCGGCCAGCUCGAAAUCAUCAAGAGCAUCAGCCUGAACGAACUGGAUCUUCGCUUCAGCGAAGAUACAGCCUUCGGCCCUGCUACGAGUAGCGACGAUACCACUGCGGCCUUCACGCUUCCGUUCGACUUCCCGAUUAACAUCGUCGCACUCGAGCAGAAUAUCACAGUCGGUACCGGCGGCAACGACUUCGCUCAGCUCAUUAUCCCCAAGGGACCGAGUACGACCGAGGUCGAACAGCGAAUCAUCCACCUCAACUUUUCGAAUGUACCGUUUGCCGUACUCGAUGGGCAGGACGAUACUUUCGAACAGUUCCUCUCCACCACGGCAACAUCGAAGGCGGCACAGAUGCAGCUGGCGGGCGUAGCGAACACCGAUGCCGAUACAGCGGUUGGGCUGCUUAGCCUGUCGGACAUCGCAUUCUCCGUCACGACGUCAAUUGCGGGUUUGCAGGGCCUGAAUACCCGACCUGCGCUAGUCUCGACCCUCGACGUGAACCGUGGCUUUGCGGAUCACCUCCUGAUUAAGGCGAACAGCUCGUUGUUCAACCCUAGUAAUAUCACUCUUGGCAAUGGAUCAUACUCUCUCCGUACGCCAUAUCCUGAUGUCGAUGUAGGAACGAUGUGGUCGAGCAACCUGGUCAUCAUUCCUGGAAACGCAAGCUACGCCAUCGAUGUGCUGUACAAGCCUCAGGGUAGCGCCGUCGCGUCGGGUCAGAAAAUGCUCGAGAACUACCUGCAAGGCGUGGUUUCGGCGACGACAAUUCAAGGAUCGACCGAUUCUACCCCGAUAGAGUCGUUGCAGCUCGCUAUGUCGAACAUUCGCCUCUCACCUGUGAACAUACCUGCGCUGCACCAGAACCUCAUCACCACGGCUUCGCUCAUCUUCCCCACGGAUAUCGUGAAGACCGGCAUCGCGCAGACGUCUUUCUCGUUGGACAAUCCCUUCACCGCGAGCAUUAAUUUGCUCGAGGUCACUGCGACUGCGACUUUCGGCUCGCUUACCCUCGGCAAGAUCGAUCACGUCGACCGGUCCAAUUCGCCGAUUCAUGCGGAUGGCCACAACAAGAUCGAGUCUCCUCAGCUCCCGUUUGAGUUCAAUAUGGACCCGGUAACGAUCAUUCAACUGUUGCUCCAGGGCGCGAAGAACAACAACGUCGACCUCGGCCCCUUGCCGGACUUGUUCAAGAUCGUUACGAGCAAUCCGGGGGCGAAUACCCCCAUCGUUGCUACCGUCGACACGAACAAGGCCACCUGCGAUAGUGGCAACCAGUUCGAUGUUGACGACGCCAUUCUGAACGCCCUCAAGAACCUGCAGGUUGCGCUCGACAUCGAUAGCUCGGUCAAGAUUGACGAUUUUGCCACGAACCUUGCGUUCAAACAGUCCAACGUCACCGCAAUCACCGAUCGGACUGCGUUAUACCUCAUUGGUGUAGUGGCACCACCGAUCGUUCAGAGCCUUGUGGACCAGGCAAAUCUGACGUUUGAUGCCGCUAACAUCACGAACCUUUCGGAUGGUGGCUUCGACCUGUCUUUGAAGGGGGCAUUAACGGGCACAGGUCCGUUGGACGCCGAGAUCACUUUUGUGGACCCCGUCACAGUGACAUGGAAUGGCAAUGACAUCGCGUCAAUCGCCCUUCCUCCUGUAUGCGCGGGUGCAAAUGCUGGAGUUCCUAAUUACGAGACAAAUGCUCGUCUAACGAUCACUGAUUCGGACAAGUUCACGGAUUUCGCUACCUUCUUGCUGCAUAACCCGAGCUUCGAGUGGACCAUCCAUACUGACAAGCUCCGCGUCACGGCACUGGGAACAAUCUUUGAUAAUGUAUCGCUCAGCAAGUCAAUAUCGUUCAAGGCCUUCAACAACCUCCCCGGUGUCGCUAUCAGUAAUUUCAAGCUACCAUCUGACGACCCCGCUGGAGGAAUCCAUAUCGAGACCGAAUCCGUGAUUCCUUCUCAGUCUCAACUCGGUAUCGAUUUGGGAACAGUGAACUUCGAGGCAUCCUUCCAGGGUACCACCAUCGGACCGCUUUCUGGAAGCAAUCUCUUCCUCGCACCUAUGGCCGACACGACCCUCCAUCUUUCGGGUCGUAUGGUCCCACAGAGCGGCGACGACUUGAACACCAUGGGACAGCUGUUCUCGGACUUUCUUGCCGGAAAGAACCAAUCACUCAGCGUUCAAGGUGAAUCCGUGCAGCCUACCGGCUCAGACGGUCCAGUGCAGUGGCUGAGCACGGCAUUCAAGACCGUCACCCUGAACGUGACACUGCCGGGCGAGACGUUCGAGAUCAUUCAAUCGAUCGAGAUGUCCGACCUUGAGCUCGUCAUGACUGAGCAAGACCAGGCGUUUGCCCCUGGUGCAAGCUCUCAGCAUGUCCUUGCCCAGUAUAAAAACCCCUUCGGGUUUUCUUUGCAAGUCAUUGAAGGAGCCGAGGAUAUCACGUUGGCAACCGGGGGCACGGAUGUCGCCGAGCUCAAAUUACCGCAAUCCGCCCAGGAGGGGGGCGUCUCAACGGGCAAUGUCGCUCCGCUCAUCAUCACAUUCCAAAACCAGACCCUCCAGUCGAAGAACGACGGCGCAUUCAGCCAAUUCUUUGCCGCGGUCACCGACACUUCCGGAGCGGACUUCGAGCUCAAGGGAACUGCGGAUGUCGUCGCCCGUACGACCAUUGGUGAUGUCCCAAUCUCGGGCAUUCCUUUCAACGUCUCCACGAGUUUGAAAGGUAUCAACGCCUUCGACAAAAGGGCGUCUCUCGCCAACGUGUCUAUCACCGGAAGCGGUAGUGACAGCCGCGGCGCUUUCGUCAAGGCGCCGCUCACUACUACGCUGGAAAACCCUUCAAACAUCUCGCUACAGAGCGUCGACGUGUCCUUCCCAGUCACGUUCAAAGGCGUCACACUCGGCCGCGCUGCGAUCGACACCCUUGAUCUUGUCCCCGGCGAGAACACGAUCGCGACGGAGUUCCACUACGCUCCGGCGGACGCAAACGACACCGUCGCGCAAUCAUUCCUGACGGAGUUCCUGCAGACCGAUGACAGCAUCUCUCUGACUAUCCAGGGCGACUCGGACAGCUCUCCCUUCGCAUCGCUGCAACCUGGGCUCGAGGGUGUGGAACUGACGACCAGUUUGAAGGGACUGAGCGUUCCGCCGAUCGUGGCGCAUAUCAACGCUUUCAUCACUCUGGAUACCCUCUUCGACAAUUUCAUCACGAUUGACUUCGAUAUCGCCAACCCGCUUGACACGGACAUGGAGAUUACGUUCACCCAAACACAGAAGUUCAACACUUACGCCCAUUUCGACCAAGCCUUCGACAGCUUCGUCGUCCCCGCGAAAGGCACUGCCAACAGCGGUACGGUGAAGAACGUCCUGCUUACCCAAGGCGCGAUAGCCUCCCUCGGCAUCAUUCCCGUCGGGAAGCUCGACGUUUUCAGCGCAGCGACUAUCAGGUAA